CCGCCCGAGCGGGUCUGUCGCCGGCCUGCCCGCCGCGCGCCCCCCGCCGUUGGCGCCGGCAUGUCGGGCCCCGGGCCGCGGGAGCCGCCGCAGGCGCAGGCGGGCGGGCCGGCGGGCCCCGAGGGCGCGGACGCGGCGCUGGGCGAGACGGGGCUGAGCUUCACGACCACCGACCUGAGCCUGGUGGAGAUGACAGAGGUCGAGUACACGCAGCUGCAGCACAUCCUCUAUUCGCACAUGGAGGCGGCGGCCGAGGGCGAGCUCGAGACGCGCCUCAACUCGGCCUUCCUGGCGGCGGGCGGCGCGGCGGCCGGGGGCGCGGCGGCGGCGGGGGGCGCGGCGGCGGGCGGCGCGGCGCCCGUGUACCCACUGCUGUGUCCGCCCGCGCUGGCCGACGGCGGCUUCGCGGGCGCCAACCCGUGCCUGGGCCACAUCGACUUCCAGGAGCUGCGCAUGAUGUUGCUGAGCGAGGCGGGCGCGCCCCCUGCUCCCGCCGCCGCCGAGAAGACGCCGGGCGCCGACGGCCCGGGCGCAGCGCGGCCCAAGGCGCCCGACGCCACCGGCAAGGAGAACACGUCGGCCGCGGAGGGCGCCCCCGAGGCGCGGGCCAAAUCGGCGGUGCGCGUCCGCCUGGAGGACCGCUUCAACAGCAUCCCCGCCGAGCCCCCGCCCGCCCCGCGCGGCGCAGAGCCUCCUGAGCCCGGCGUGGCGCUCAACAAUUUGGUGACUCUUAUCCGACACCCGUCAGAGUUAGUGAACGUUCCUCUUCAUCAACAGCAAAACAAAUGCACAACGUUAGUGAAAAAUAAGACGGCGGGUGCUGCCACCACACUGCAGCUCACCUACCCCCUGUUCACGGCCAACGCCUGUUCCUCUGCGGCAGGCGCCGGCCUCUCACAGACACAGAGUUCUAGUAACUCCUGUCCUGUACUCGAGGCUGCCAAGCAUCAGGACAUCGGACCGCCCAGAGCGUUUUCCUUCUGUUUCCAACAAGAGAGCGAGCCCGCCAAGCAGACUUUGGGUGGCAGAAACAAAGCUUUGCCCGAGCAGGUUUGGGUUAGAGUGGGAGAAGAAGCGCUGUGCAAACAAGCAAUGAAUAAGAGGAAUCGGAGUAGGGUGCGGCAGCUGGACGCCAGUGUGGAGCGAAGAGCCCUGGGAGAGAUUCAGAACGUGGGGGACGGCGCUCCUGCGGCGCCGGGCCCCUGGCAGCCCACAUCCACGGAGCCGUCGCAGCCCCACCCCGGGGAGCAGGCUCCAAGCGCCCCGGGUGGCAGGUCGCAGCGCAGGGAGAGGCACAACCGCAUGGAGAGGGACAGAAGGCGCAGGAUCCGCAUUUGUUGUGAUGAGCUGAACCUCUUGGUCCCGUUCUGCAACGCCGAGACGGACAAGGCCACGACCCUGCAGUGGACCACCGCGUUCCUGAAGUACAUCCAGGAGAGGCACGGUGACUCUCUGAAGAAGGAGUUUGAGAGUGUGUUUUGCGGUAAAACCGGCAGGAGGCUAAAGCUGACCAGACCGGACUCCCUAGUGGCGUGUCCCACGCAGGAGAGUCUGCAGAGCAGCCCCGCCAUGGAGAUCAAGUGACCCGUGGGGACGCUGGUUCCUGGGAAGCACUCGGCCCUCCCGGCCCCGCACGCCUGCAGCCCUGGGGCUCACGCCGACGCCAACUCCGAACGCGACUCCAGUGGGACUCCAGGGGGGACUCCGAAAGCACAGUCUCUACAAAUAUUGAUCUGAAACAGAGCAUCUGUCCACCAGUGUCCUCUUAGACCAUUCAGGGUGAAGACACCCUGACAUUAGUAAGUACUGUUUCAAUUAUCCGUCUGAUUCCAUCAUGUUUUCGUAACAUGAUAACUUCAAAAAUUAACAUCCUUUAUAAUUUCUUUAGUCUUACCAGGCACACCGCUUUUUACUUAUUUUAUUGACAUUUAAAUAUGCCCCCUUAGCAAUUGGAACAAGUCAAAAUGUUCUUCACUAGAAGUAGUUGGAAAUUUAUUUCAUUUGUUUAUCGCCUCCCCUUGUAACGACCUCCGGCUGCACGCCCUGGCUGUGGAGCGCGGCUGCGUUCCGCCUCGGCCGGAGGCGCCCAGCACGCCCCUCGGGCCCCUCUCGUCCAUAGAAGAGAUGCUUUUGGGGGCAGGGGUCGCUUUGCCGACCUCGCCUCCACGCUGAGAGACAUUAUUUUCUGUGUAAUAAACUAUAGUGUUCAGA